AUGAGAUUCAGCCAGGGCUUCUGUGUUGACCCUAUUGGGAUUGCUGGAGGUCUUUGCCUAUGGUGGGAUGAUUCACUGCUGAUUAAUAUUGUCGACUUCUCUAAAAAUUUCUUAGAUACGAUGAUCACUUUGAUUGAAACAAGAGAGGUGGUCCGGGCUACUUUUAUUUAUGGUCCCCCUUAUCAGGAGGACAAGGAGGAUUUUUGGAAUGAAUGGUCUUUUAGGGACAAAGGGGACUCGACUCUAUGGUUGGUGAUAGGGGAUGUGAAUGAAUUACUCUCUCAGCAAGAACGUAUUGGAGAUGCAAAUUGGGACUACCACAGACGUCGCUUUCUGGGUAGUUUUAUAAACUCAAACAACCUUUUGGAUGUAGGCUUUUCUGGACCUGCGUUUACUUGGACUAGGAAGGCAUUUGGAAGGAUUAUUCUUCAAGAGCGUUUAGAUAGAGCACUUGUAUCAGCUGAGUGGCUGGUUUCGUGGCCAAAUUCUUUAGUUAUUCACUUGGUCAGAGUAGGAUCUGACCAUUGUCCUAUACUUUUCUCGUUGGGCCUUAAGGAGAAUAGAAUUGGGCCUGGUUUUAAGUUUGAGUCCUAUUGGGUUGAUAAGGUGGAGAUUGUGCCUAUCGUAGGGCCUGUUGGGGCUUUGAUUCUUCUAAAUCCUAUAUUGAUAACUAGAAUUCCAAUCUGA